AUGCAUGCGGCUGGUGUGAGUGGUGGAGGCGGCGGUAAUAGCGGGGCGGCCCAUCGGCGACGUAAGAAACGGUCAAACUAUGGCAACCGCACGGUAGAUGUAAACCGUGGAACGAAUGGUUUCGGGUUUACCAUAUCCGGUCAGCAACCCUGCAUCCUGUCCUGCAUUGUGGCAGGUUCUCCGGCCGAUCUGGCAGGGUUGCGCGCGGGCGACUUUUUAAUCUCCGUGAACGGACUCAACGUAUCGAAGCUACCGCACGAAUCAGUGGUACAGCUGAUCGGUACGACACACGGUACGAUCCGGAUGGCCAUCGCCGAGAACUACUAUUCGGACAGUUCGGACGAGGAUAUAAUGUUUCACGGUGUGCAGCAGCAGCGCACCCGACCAAAGUAUCCUCACAAGACGAAAUUCUCGCGUGCAGCCACCCAAGGCACCAUGGUGGUGAACGGUGCCGGAAUGGGCGGAUGUAGUUCCAAUGGUGCUCCGGAACGUAUCAUGACACACGGAACAACCAGUCCUAUUAAACCGCUCAUGUUGAGCGGUGAAAAUGGGCCAGAAGAAUUGAUUGCCAACGGUAAUGUGUCUCCAUCGUCGGGAGCGGCAGCCACGGCGUAUAACGUUAUCCACAGUCCCAAUGCCAGCAAUAGUUGUGAUAUUUCUAACGUUAGUGCAAUGGUACGUUCGGUACAGCUUGGCAACGGCACGUGCGACGAUAGUACGCCGCUCGUACGUCCUACCGGCUCGGCGGGACAGUGCCCCAGUCAGGAAGGUUCACUAGAGUAUCAGGCCAUCGUUGGCUAUCUAGGAACGAUCGAGAUGCCAAAACAGAUUGCAACCAGCUCGAAGCUACAAACAGUGCGUAGUUGCAUCCGAAAAAUGCGCCAGGAAAAGCGAAACCCAACGACGGUGCUGAUGACAAUUCUUCCCUCCUGUCUGAAUCUCACCAACACGAGCAACAAUUUGAUCGCGAAGUACGCAUCUGCACGCCUCAGCUAUGUGAGCAGCAGCAGCGAAAGCGACAACAAGUACUUUGGGCUCGUAACUUCGGCCAUUUACGCGGACGGACUGAUGUGCGACAGUGCCGACGUACUGAGCCAUCCACGCAAAGACGUGGUUAUCUCGAACAGUUGCCAUGUGUUUGUGAUCGAUGGAAAGCUGGUGGAACAUGAGGUGCACUUGGAAAAGGCGACCCUUUUUAGGGUCGUUUGCACGAAGGACCCGAUAACGAAUUUGUGUCUCGAGUUUCCCUCCAAUUCGGAGUACGUGGUCAACUUGAUACGCAGCAUGUAUAGUUUAAAAUCUCCGAUGAAAACGGACGGCAGUAGUGCGGGAGGGUACGGCAAACCACCCGUAGCAAGAAGCUUAAAUUUGGAUCAGGCACCCGGUGCACGUGGCUUUCCACGCAAUCGAUCCGACCCGCGACUGAAUCCACGGCCAGGGAUGGACAUGGAUGCACACGAUAUGCUGGCGGCUAACUCUCCCCAACCGAGCAAUCACAGUGAAAUUACGACAACAUCUAGUAAUUCGGAUUCGGGCAUUGGGUUUCACAACGAUUGCCGUAACAUCUCCGACCGGAUACUGUUGGUCGAUUUUCCCGGCAUGCUGGGUCCACAGCAGCAACGGUUGUUACAGCAACAGCAGAUAGCGAAUGUGCGGGCACAUUACAGAAAAUCGCAUCCGUUUUUACGCCCUGCUGGAAUUAUUAACGAAAUACCCCCCAAAAUGGACCCUAUCAGAAAUAUACGCAGUAUGGGUGGAGCAGGAUGCUCUCCGGAUGGUGCUGUGGCAGGUCCGUCCCGAUCAGGGCUACAAAUUGCGCAUGGUAAAUCGAAAUCAGCCGAUUACAGUUUUCCUUCGUCAUCUACGGGUGGUUCACCAUUCGCUGACCGGUUAACGGUACGAGCCAGGCCCGAUCCUAAACCAUUCUCCUCCGAUCGGUCUCCCUCGAAGGAGAAUGCUUUAAAUUGUAUGCAGGACGAUGGUACACAAGAACUAACAGCGAUAGUGCAAGAAACGGGUGUCGAUAGAUGGACCUGCGGUCGAACACUGGACGAGCAGGGUAAUGUGGUGGAGGAACGUGCCGUCGAUGUACCACCGAUGGAGGAGUUGAUUCUUGAUUUGGAACGUUACAAUAAUGACAAUGUUAAGAACAGCCUUCUGGCCGCCCGUUCCUGUGAUGAUAUGAUCCUUUCGCUGGGCAAAAAACCGGCACGUUCGCUAGCGGAUGGCGAAGAAGGUGCACAUGAUCAGAUGCUGCUCGAUGCCGAAGCAUACGAACGGUUAAAAAUUAAGCUAUCGAUCGAUGAUUUGACGCUGAUUUCCACCGAAUCGUCGGGAUUGGCGGUGGGAGGAGUGCACGAGGAUCGGCCCACCGGCGGCAGCAGUAGUGUAAAUCAACACGUCUUCCUACAGCCUCUUAAACCGGUGAAACGUUCCAAGAAAGCUUGCACAACACACACCACGAAUGCUUCGUCCGGCAAACUGACCGCAAUCCACGGUACACCGAUGGGCUUGGAAGAAAACACCCAGUUGUCCAUCGCCCACGGCCGCCGGACCGGUGAUAAGAUGACAGCCUACAAACUCAGCCCGAAAGUGUUUGGCUUGCCGCGCCCCAUAUCGGUUAGCUUUGAAAACAUUUCCACACUUUCCGGAACAGUCGGGGAAGAUGCGCGCGAUAGCAACGGGGAUGUUGAUAAGCUAGGUGUUGGUGACAUGUAUUUCGAAGGUGAUGAAACCAUUCGUUGCACCAAUUCGAACAAAACGUCGCAUAGAAUGAGCAAUGGGACUCCGGGUUCGGGUCGCAAGAGCCGUGCGGCGAAGCGAUUGAGCGGUGGGUUUUCAGCCAUUUGGGGUAGCCUACAGGAGUUAAGAAGUGGAGGCUUCGGUGGGCACGGUGCCAAGGAAGAGCGUUCUAGGCCGGAACAUGGCCGAAGUUCUACGUUGGAAGUGUGCGGUGGUAGCGAUGGCGGUGCGUUAGUGGCCAAGCAGAAGGAGCGUGAAAGGAGACUGAGCGGUAUGAAGAUUCUGGAGGCGACCUACAGUGAGCCAGAUCUGCGAUACGAUGAGGUGAGUGCUCCAAAUCUACUAGAGGGUGUCCACGCUGACGAUGUUACAGAAGCUAGCAGUAGUAGACAAGGCAAACAGAUAAACCACAACGCAUCACCGUUCCGACGCUGGGGCCAAUCCUCGUUACGAUCCCGGUCCACAGAGCAUCGUACACCGAUCAAUGGAUCUUCUCGACGACCAUCAUCAUUGGCAGCUUCCGAAAGCGAUGUGUACACUAAAUCUAUCGACGAUGACUACAGCUCGACCAAAAGUGGCUACAAUCCGUACACCGGUGGCGUGGAUACUUUAUCCGCCGAAUCUGCUACUGCUGCGAUAGGUGGAAGUGCGCUGGGAACUGCAGGUAAUGGUGGUAGCAGUACGACGACAACUACUGGUCCGACCGGUGUCGCAUCGUGGGGAACUUCCUUCGAGAAACUGCUGGAAGAUGCUGGAGGUUUGCAUACCUUCUCGGAAUUUCUCAAGAAAGAGUUUUCGGCCGAAAACAUCUACUUCUGGACGGCAUGCGAACGCUAUCGGCAGUUAACCGAGCGCGACGAACGAGCACGUGAAGCACAGGCAAUAUUCGCUCGACACCUUGAGUCUGGCUGCAGCGAACCGGUCAAUGUGGAUUCGAUCGCGCGCAACAUUGCGCUGGAAAAUCUACCGCAGGCAGAGCCAACACUAUUCGCUGCCGCACAGAAGCAGAUUUUCAAUCUGAUGAAGUUCGACAGCUACCAGCGUUUCAUCAAGUCCGAUAUGUACCGGGUGUGUCAGGAGGCAGAAGCGAAGGGUCAAAUUUUACCUUACCCGGGCGAACAGUUGGAUCCGAUGUUGCGUACUAGCUCGACGAUGGCAACUGCCAACGCGGCGAAUGCUGCCGGUGUAACCAAACUGAAGAAAUCGCUAAGCAAUGCUGAGGAUCGUCGGAGAAAAUCGCUGUUGCCUUGGCAUCGGAAGACACGCUGCAAAUCGAAGGAUCGGGGAGAUUCUGAUGCGUCCAAAAAGGAUAACGGGAAGGGUGGUUCUGGUGGUGCAGGAAGUGGGGAGAAAUCUUCCGGCAUGGCAACGUCGGCCGGGGGUAGUAGUAGCAAUACUUUGAAGUUGCUUUCUACGAAUUCUACUAGUGACAUACACAGUUCGCGAAGUUCGCUUGCUAGUUUCGAUGCAGCAAUCGGUGGCAAAUCUUACGACCCGGAAGACUCCCGUAACACACUCUGCCGGGUGAUCCUUUCGAACGGUGCAACAACCGUUGUUCAGACGCGAUCGAACGAAACGAUUAAGGAACUGGUAGAACGGUUACUAGAAAAGCGGGGCAUUGUGUACAACGCGUACGAAGCGUUUCUCGCCAGCGGUACAAAACCUCUCGAUCUGGACGGACCGUCAGUGAGUUUGGCCGGUAAGGAGGUAAAUAUAGAUCAGCGCGUCGUAUUCAAAUUGAGUCUUCCGAAUCGAAAAAUGAUAUCAGUCAAAAGCAAGGCUACUAAACCACUUGCCGACGUACUGCGACCCAUCCUAUACAAGUACAAUUACGAGCUGGACCAGAUGAAAGUGGUAGUGCAGUCGACUGUGGACGUUUUUCUCGAUAUGACGCAACCGGUUACCACGGUGGAUGGUUUAUGUUUGCAUAUACGUAGCGCUAAUGAACCUGCCAGCGGACCGGUUCAUCCCGAACUUGGUCGUCCAUUGGCAGGAGCUCGGCCGGUAAUAAACACCGCCACACAUCAGCAGAUUGUGCACCAUUUUCAGCAACAGCAGCAACAACUCUUGAAUAAUCUGCCAGCGCCCAGUACUAAUCAGCCACAACAACAUCCCUUUGUUAUCCCGUCCUCCAAUCCUCCUUCCUAUGCGGUGGCAACUAACACAAAAAGUCAGCAAUUAUUCGGAAGCGGCACAGCCACCUCCGCCACGUGCAAUAACAACAUGAACCAAAAUCAAACACGUGCCAAGGAACAAUCAGAAUCGGUAAAGGAUGAUCCAGCGGGAUUGUCCAGGCCAGGUCAGCAAGAGCUUAACACACUGGACGAGAUUACGAACAAAGUGUUUAAUGAGCUGAUGAACGGUAAAACGGCCAGUAAUGGAGCGGUUGGAAAGGGACCUCCGGAUGUAGAUUGUACGUCUGAUACAUCAUCCACGAGACGCGAUCGAUUUCGUCGACGCGGUUCCAAUGCAGCACCGUCGGAAAGCGGCCGGGGUGCGAAAAGUAAAAAAUGUUCUACCGGUGGUUCGGAGGAUGGUGGCGAGAGUGUGACUAAUGUGGGCAUCAAGAAGCCGAUCAUUGCCAAACUAAAGGCGGGUGUAAAGUUGCAGAUACCGACCCGGUCACAGAACGAUGAGCUACUGGAAGGGUUGAAGCGCGCUCAGCGAAGCCGUCUGGAAGAUCAGCGCGGUACGGAAAUUAAUUUUGAGUUGCCAGAUUUUCUCAAGGACAAGGAAAACUUUGCGUCUGCCACGGCGGCACCAUUGGGCAACACUAACACAGUAGUGGCCGCUCCACCGUCGACUGCAGGCCCGUCUAAGCUAACACGCAGCAAACCGGCACGACGCUCAGAGGCUACCACACCGACCAGCGAGUUUGUUGGAGGAUCGCUGCAGCAAAUUAACAAACCCCAACCUGCACCACGGUUAUCGAUUACCGGUCAGGGGGGUGGAAGACAAAAUUUUUCCGGCCCAGGAUCACCGGUCCAUACGGCGGUUAGCGAUAGUCAUCUGAAUCUGUCGACACAAUGCAAUGCAUCGCCGCUACCACAAGACGAUCCAUUUCACGUACACAGUAGUGGCGGUGUAGGCGGCGGUGGCGGUGGAUCACAGUCCGAAAAUAGCUAUGCGGACACUACCCUAGUCUUCACCCAUGCCAGACCCUUCAACGGUCAACCGUCGGUGGCCGCAACACCCCGCAGCACCAUCUCAUCCAAUUCCGUAUCGCACCACCUCGGUGCCGGUGAUCAUUCCAGCGAUUCUAGCACUGCUGCUGACGGUGAUCUAACCGCCCUCGGUUGCUGUGAUCAUCAUCCGCCCGAGCUAUCUCCCGACAGUUCCCCAUCGAGCCAUGGCAAUCAUUUACAUCCACUUCACUAUCAUACGGCAGGAGCGCCCGGCACGACGAAUGGCGGUGGUGCGGUCACCGCCACCAGCAAUCCCUAUCCAUUGGUACACUAUCCGUCCCAUAACCAUCAUCACCAUCUACAUCCGCAUCAUCACCCACACGGACAGCAUUAUCAUCACCAUCACCAUCAUAAUGCCGGGACGCGUUACCAAACGGCGACACCGGUCUCCAAUGGACUGGAUGGGCAAACGGGCACGAGUACGGCAGAUAGUCAAAAGGGGCCACCACCUUUACCCCCGAAGCCUAAGAUACUGCCGAUGAAACCCUCCAACUGGGGUCAUCCCGUGGCUGCCUCGUAUGCACCGAGUCCACCAGGAACUGGUGGUAAUGAUAUGGCCGGUAGUCUCACACUAAACACCAAUGGUACUGCGGGAAAUAGUGCCAAUCCUACCAGCACGUUAAGUAAUCAUCACAUCGUUGGCAGCAGUAAUGGUGGCAUCGUUGGGGCAUCGGUAGUUGGGAGUAAUGGUAUUAUUGUAAGUUCUUCCGUAUCAUACAAUGAUGGGUCGGGUGGUGGAGGUGUUCGGGAAGGAAAUCGACGCGCUAGCGGCGGUACAACGGAUACUGGCAGUACGACGAUUCAGUCCGUAUCUUCAACGUCAGGGAUUAGUGUGGGUGUCGCACAAGCUCGUAAUGUAUAUUUCGAUCAAGGGAAUAGCAGUUUCGUGUAG